AUGUCCGUCCGGGUGCGGCUUCGUUGCACACGGGUAGCGCUGGGCACGCGCAUGCUCCCCAACAACAGGGCCAAGUCGGCGCAGAAGGUGCUGGCCAGUACCAUCAUCAUCAUCGGCAGCACGUCGAUCCGGGCCAGAUCAUGGAAGGGGAUCGUGUUUGAUGUGGACGAAGUACGGCCGUCCUUCUGGAACUUCACGAGGGAUAAACGAGUCUCGUGCCCGUCAGUAGCUCGUGCCCGUCAGUAG